AUGGCGGCUGGGGAUGCUCGUACAAAUCAAAUUCACGUAUUGGAAUUGAAAAAAGCUCAUGUCCGAGACCUUGCCAGUAUAAUCAAGGCGAUAUCUUUUCGUGAGAAUGCCACAUUUCAAGCAACCCCUCAGGGUAUGCGAAUUCUGGUUGAUGACCAUCAUUGCCAACAGGCGAUCGCUUAUUUAUCGAAUGAUUUGUUUUCAAGUUUCACUCUACGCGAACGAUCUGUACACUUCAGGAUUCCUCUUCGUGUCAUAACGGAUUGCAUAAGUAUGCAUACGAGUUCUGGAGCUACUCUGAAGAUGACAUAUGACGGUGCUGGUGAACCGGUCGUAAUUAUUCUCGAAGAAGACGGGAUUGUCUUUGACAUAAAUGUAAAAACUCUAACAACAGAAGAGGUGCUCGAUUUUGAAUUCGAUGCAGAUGAUGUGACUUUUCAAGUCAUUAUGAAGUCUUACAUGUUGAAAGAAGCUAUAAAGGAACUAGAUGCCAGCAGCUCAACGGUAACGCUUAGUGUCAGCAAUGAUGAACUGUCUCUAACCACAACUGGUGAAAUCGGAAAAGCGGUGACAAGGUUUCCUCGUCAUUCGGAUCAAAUUGAGCGACUGGAAUGUGCCGAACCAGUCGUCCAUCAGUAUCCCGUGAAUCUUAUCAGACAAAUGACUGCAGCGUUUGCGAUCGCCAGUAAGGUAGAAAUGUUUUGUGUUGAUGGAGGUCUUUUGUUACUGCAGACUCAUUUGUUUUCAAAGAUUAAAGUGAAGAUUAUGCGACUAGUGAACAAGUUGUUCCUUAAAACCAGUUCAAGUCACUCAAGUGAAGCAUGGACUUAUCUGAUGGCAUCGGCGUAG